AUGUCAGAUUCUGGUGUGAACACUGUGAUGACUGAAAAAACUGAUGAGGAGAAGAGUGCUGAGGCUUCAUCUACAUCAGGUCCUGAUUUGAGGAUUGUGUUAAUAGGAAAAACUGGUGUGGGGAAGAGUGCUGUUGGAAACACCAUCCUGGGAAAAAAACAUUUCAAAUCUCGUCCCAGUUCAGAGUCAGUGACUGAAACUUGUCAAACAGGUGAAACACUGUGGGAAGGGAUAAAUAUUUCAGUCAUAGACACACCAGGAAUCCUGGACACUCAGAAAUCUGCAGAGAUGAUCAAAAAGGAAAUUGUGAGAUGCGUUGAAGUCUCCAGUCCAGGUCCUCAUGUUUUUCUACUGGUGCUCCAAGUCGGUCGAUUCACCACAGAGGAGAAAAACUCUGUGGAAGCCCUGCAGGAGCUGUUUGGUCCAAAUGCUCAACAUUAUAUGAUUGUGCUGUUCACCCAUGGAGAUGACCUUGAAGACCAGGAAAUCACCAUACAGCAGUAUGUACGUGAAAGCAGAACAGAGCUCAGAGAAGUCAUCCAAAGCUGUGGAAGCAGGUUCCAUGUCUUCAACAACAGAAGCAAAGACAGAAAGCAGGUGGAGGAGCUGAUGAAGAAGAUUGAUGACAUGGUGGCAGGAAAUGGGGGCAUAUACUACACAAAUGCCAUGUACAGAGAGGUGGAAGAAAGGAAACAGAAACAAGCUGACAGGGAGGAUGAAGAAUACAAGUUCAUGAGUCAACUGUUAGAGCAGAUUCUGCUUUUUUAUUUACGUCUUAAAAGAGAAUAA